CAGGCCGGCGGGAAGGAGAUUCCAAAACCUGUCAAAAUGGUUGAAGCAGAUCGGCCUGGGAAGCUGUUUGUUGGUGGAUUGAACAUUGAAACGAAUGAGAAAGCUCUUGAAUCUGUCUUUGGCAAAUAUGGCCGUAUUGUAGAAGUUCUCCUUAUGAAAGAUCGUGAAACCAACAAAUCCAGAGGUUUUGCUUUUGUCACAUUUGAAAGCCCAGCAGAUGCUAAGGAUGCAGCAAGAGAUAUGAAUGGAAAGUCUUUAGAUGGAAAAUCCAUUAAAGUUGAACAAGCUACCAAGCCAACCUUUGAAACUGGUAGACGUGGGCCCCUCCCAAGGAGCAGAGGACCCCCAAGAGGCCUUAGAGGUGGAAGAGGCAGCAGUGGAACCCGGGGGCCACCUUCAAGAGGCAGUCACUUAGGUUCCUCUAGAGGCCCUCUCCCAAUGAAAAGGGGCCCACCUCCCCGUAGUGGGGGACCACCACCAAAAAGACCCACACCAUCUGGACCUGUACGCAGCAGUAGUGGGAUGGGUGGUAGAGCGCCCCUGUCACGUGGCAGAGACAGCUAUGGGGGGCCUCCACGAAGAGACUCCUUGCCAUCACGAAGAGAUGUCUACUUAUCCCCCAGAGAUGAUGGCUACAGUACUAAGGACAGUUAUUCAAGCCGAGAUUAUCCAAGUUCCAGAGACACCAGAGAUUAUGCCCCGCCACCAAGGGAUUAUGCCUAUCGUGAUUAUGGACACUCCAGCUCACGGGAUGAGUAUCCCUCAAGAGGUUACAGUUAUUCCUCCUACAGCGAUCGGGAUGGCUACGGAGGGCGUGACCGGGAUUACUCGGACCAUCCCAGUGGAGGCUCUUACCGAGAUUCCUAUGAGAGUUACGGUAACUCACGUAGUGCUCCCCCUGCACGCGGGCCCCCUCCAUCAUAUGGUGGAAGCAGUCGCUAUGACGAUUACGGAAGCACCCGUGAUGGGUAUGGUGGAAGUCGAGAGAGUUACUCAAGCAGCAGAAGCGAUGUCUACUCAAGUGGCCGAGACCAUGUGGGCAGACAAGACAGAGGCCUUCCCCCGUCUAUGGAACGGGGCUACCCUCCGCCCCGCGAUUCUUACAGCAGCUCGAGCCGCGGAGCACCCCGAGGUGGCGGCCGGGGAGGGAGCCGCUCGGAUAGAGGUGGAGGCCGAAGCCGAUACUAAAAAACCUUUGAAACUCAUGGACCAAAUCAAGUUUUUUCCUCCUCCCCCCAACACAAGGAAUGUGGAAGUUUUAUCUCGUUCCCACCCAGAGGACUAUCAACACGAUGUUUUUAACUUUUUUUUUAAUUGUUGCUUGUUAAGUUCCCCUUCAUUACUGAUGUUUUUUGUGAGGAAAGAGUAAAAACAAUGUUAAAUUUCAUUUCAAAAUUGUUAAUAAUUUCUCUCAAAAAGCAGAUGUUAAUGUAUGCCAUUUUGAGCCUAUGUACUAGUGUUGUAACCUUUUCAAAGUAAACGUUAACCCUGAAAUACCACACUUUUCACUUCAUCAAUGCAACGGCCAGCCGAAGGCACCCCAUGCAUCUAAAAUGGCCAUGGAUCGUUCUGCUCACGCAAGCAUGCCUUCUCUAGGCAAGACUAUAUGAUUUGUUGGAAGGGAGGGUGGGGAUGGAUGCCAACCCUAAACUAUUAAGUGUCCUCUGAAAUGCAAAGAUGCUCCCAAAUAAUGACCUACCUUCGGUCCUGUGUAAAAUUCAGGACACCAUUCAGCCUUUUUAAGUCAAAACCACCAAUGGAUAAAGCUGAAUGUACAUUGUGCCACUCUACGCAUUUCCUUAGGCAAUUUGCAAGAACCUCGCCCCCCUCAGUAAUGUGUUAAACCUGCAGAAAGCAAGCUGCAGAGUUCUGUAAAUUAAAAAAAAAAAAGAGGUUUGGCCCAUUCCAUCCAAGAAGCUGCAGAACGUACUUGCUCUUACUGUUUCAAAUUUUUGCAAUCCUGUAGUGUCUCAUUUUUAAAGGAACAUCUUUGACUCCAAAGGCAAAAUGGAGAAAAGUAAGAUAAGCAAAGAAGUCUUUCUCACCAACCUCUGAAAAGCUUAUGGCUUCAUAUAAACAAGUGAAAACUUUCAGCAUCCCACAACAACAGCUUUAAAGCAUCAAAUGCCCGUGAAACAGCAAAAGAUGGUAAGCAAAGCAAAAACUAGUUUUUCGGUCUAAGUCAAAACGUGAAACCAAAAAGCUAUCGUCCUUUUUAGUACAGUAGGACAUGCUGUGCAUCAUGGCAAUGGAAGUUUUUCUAGCUUUUUAAAGAAAGCGCCAAAUGGAAAAAAAAAAAAAGUAAAUACCUGUGCUGGAAAGCCUUAGGCGAAGCCUUCUAAAUUCAUCAUAACCUUGUCUUGGAUGAAAAUAUGUAUGGCACAAAGCUUUUGAAAAUGAUGCUAAGAAAGCAGCUUGUAAACAAGUCCCCAUAAGGGGUUGGGAGGGACUGUUGCUUUUUUUGGCCAGUAUGUUUCAAUGAAGAUACUUAUAUAUAUAAAAAAGCAACUUUUUUUUUUAAUUUUAAGAAACGUAAAACCAUAAUACAAUCAGAACUUGGCUUAAAUUGCCAAAAUCUGUGUUAACAGCUGGGAAAUGUCAAGCAAGCCAUGAUUACGAACUUGAUGUUUAGUUGGAUGCCUGACUUCUUUUCUUUAUACUGUAUAGUCUUUGUUUGGGAGUUUUGGUACCUGGGCCGAGUUGUCAUGACCCAGGUGCGGCCAGGAAGUUCAAAAGAUGCUGUUGAAAUGUAGUAAGACCUGAAGACCUCCAACUAAAGUUCCUCCUCUAAACCUUCCAAGCAUAUUUGCCAGUCAAAUGGACUUGCCAUGAAAAAGCACCAUUGGAAAGAAAAUCAGAAUCCAUAAAGCCAUGCGACUUUUUCACUAAGCCAUUCCAGUUCAUUCCAGUCCAAUGAACCUUCCACACCUCAAAUGUGUAAAAAUGCUUAGAUCGUGACAGACUAAUCGGCGAGCCCAGGUUGUUGGGUUUUUUUUUGUUUUGUUUCUGUUUCUGGGGUGGUCGUGGGUUUGGGCGGUUGGGCCCGCCGGAAUCUUUUACACCGUCUGUAAUUGUUGCAGGCUGAGCGCUCGUUCCGUUUAAGAUGAGGCCCAGAAAGCAGCCCCUGUGUUGGAAGGAACACCACGUUUGUGAGCUGCAUCAGAGCAGCAGGUACAGAAUUGUGUGGAGGCCUGUCAAGAAAGAAGCAGACU